GAGCCAGUUCUAUCGCAGAAGUUAUCUCGAGUAGUCCUUCAGUGGUUGUGUUCGUCCGGUUUUCUCGCGAUUUUUUCCGAUCUCGAAGAAUCUCGGUUGCUACUACUCUGACAAAAAGAGAGAUGUCGAUGGCUGGGUACUAAAGGAAUCAGGAGCUGACUGGAGAAGAAUCUAGUCGCGCUCGUUCGAAUCACUGUUGAGUAAAGCCAGCAAACACACUCGAGGAUCAUGAAAAUGGUGCUGUCUCAACGUCAGAGGGAGGAGUUAAAUAAGGCGAUCGCGGACUAUCUCAGCACCAACGGCUAUCAAGAUGCACUCGAGGCGUUCAAGAAGGAAGCCGACAUGCCCGGGGAAGUGGAAAGAAAAUACGGAGGCCUUCUGGAGAAGAAAUGGACUUCGGUAAUACGCUUGCAAAAGAAGGUAAUGGAAUUGGAAUCCAAACUCUCUGAGGCAGAGAAAGAAUUCAUAGAAGGAGCGCCAACCCGUAGCAAAAGAUCACCAUCCGAAUGGAUACCAAGGCCGCCUGAAAAAUACAGCCUCACUGGACACAGAGCUCCCAUAAACAGAGUUAUUUUUCAUCCUGUGUUUAGUCUUAUAGUAUCUGCCAGCGAAGAUGCCACCAUUAAGGUAUGGGACUUCGAAAGCGGCGAAUUUGAAAGAACAUUGAAAGGACACACUGACAGUGUACAGGACGUAUCAUUCGACGUAUCCGGUAAACUGUUAGUCUCAUGCAGUGCAGACAUGUCUAUUAAGCUUUGGGACUUUCACCAGUCGUUCGCCUGCGUGAAAACCAUGCACGGACACGAUCACAGUGUCAGCUCUGUCGCAUUUGUGCCACAAGGGGAUUUCGUAGUGAGCGCAUCUAGGGAUAAAACCAUCAAAAUAUGGGAAGUGGCGACAGGUUAUUGUGUUAAGACAUUAACAGGGCACAGAGAGUGGGUACGAAUGGCCAGGGUAAGUCCCUGUGGUGAACUAAUCGCUAGUUGCUCGAACGAUCAAACGGUGCGAGUAUGGCAUGUAGCAACGAAAGAGACAAAGGUGGAACUCAGAGACCAUGAUCACGUCGUAGAGUGUAUCACAUGGGCACCGGACAGCGCCAGAGCAUCGAUUAAUGCUGCAGCAGGAGCAGAUAACAAGGGUGCUCACGAAGGACCUUUCCUCGCAUCUGGUUCGCGGGACAAGGUAAUCCGUGUUUGGGAUGUCGGUGCCGGCGUUUGUCUCUUUACCCUCCUAGGACACGAUAAUUGGGUACGCGGCAUCGUCUUCCACCCCGGUGGCAAGUUUAUCGUCAGUGCUUCUGACGAUAAAACCCUGCGAGUCUGGGACACGCGCAAUAAACGAGCAAUGAAAACCCUCGAGGCGCAUGUUCAUUUUUGCACCUCUGUCGAUUUUCACAAAAGCCAUCCUUACGUGGUCACCGGUAGUGUCGAUCAAACGGUGAAGAUCUGGGAGUGCCGCUAGUCACCAAAACAACCGGGUUUCUUAGAACCUUCGUCGAGAAAGAGAGAUUGUGAAAAGAAGGCGAACGAUGCGCGUCGAAUUCAAUGGAAACGGCCGAGAGAGUAAGAUGCUACAAAAAUGUUAUCGUACAUACUACUAUUAUUAAUAUUAAUAUUAUUAUACACACAUAAACACGUACGAUUAAGAGCUCUUUAAUUAAUUUAUAAUAAAGUAUAAUUAGUAAUUAUUAAUAAUACAUAUACGUUUUACGGUAACGAACUGCACGAUUCGAGGAGAGUCGGUUGAGGUUUAGCUCUUUCUCGCGAGGAGGACACUUUGCCAUAAUAUUUCGUCGGCGGUUUAAAAAAAAAAAAAAAGAUAAGAAACAAGUAUUCCGAGUAUCUCAAAAUUGUAUCGCAAGAACACUUGCUUUUUUAGAAACAUCCAAAACUAAUGAUCUCGCAGCGAAACGCACGUAACGUGAAAACGUAUCGAUACGAACAGUGUGCGUCGUCCUCCUCCUCGAACCGCCGAUGAUGGUGACCAGAGAAUUUCGGCUGUGCCGUAUCUCCGGAUUGUCACGGUCACUCGUUCUCGUUUGCUACGCUGACCUCUCUUUGAGCGUUCUUGACAAUGUAAAAUCGGCAAGUGACACCGAUACGUAUGACACAGACGCGCGCGUAUCUGCUCUCGCAUACACACAUACGAGAUAUUCGGAGUCGUUAGCGUUUACCAUGUAUUCAGAUAUGUCAAUAAUUUAUCCAACGUUGAUCGAGUGCGUAGCAUGUUCCUGGUACAAAGAAGCGUGAACACGGAUGUAAAGCGAACGAACGUGGCAAACGGGCGGACAGAUUUUGGAGCUCUGCGAUAGAACGAGAAACACAGGGCAUUAGGGCGUCCGUUUGGAACGUUCAAGUUACAUGCUGCGUAUGUCAGUGUAUGUGUGUACUAUUAACGUUCCCCUGAAAUCGUCGAAACAACCCGACGAGAACGGCCAGAGGCGAACGCAACCCCGAAGAAACUGCUGAAUCAGAAUAAAAAAAAAAGGGAAAGUAGGCUUUCGGCAGUGCAUGGCGUCCAAACAACGUGCAUUAUUAACGGUAAUAUUUAAAAAAAAAGAAAAGUACGAGGGACGGCCGAGUGAAGCGCGCGGAUUUUGUGAAAACCUACAGAAAAAUACUAAAUAUACUAAACGUGUAUUCGUACGGAAGUAUUUGACAGGCGCAUAAUUUAGUUUUGCGUGGGGUCCCGAGACAUGCGAGGUACUAGUUGUAUAUUUAGCUCUAAACUACUAUUAGCGGGUAGCGCAGACCGUAGAGAAGAAAAGCAGAAAAAAAAAGAAAGGGAAUAAUAGUGAACGAUCGGUCGGUACACACAUUUACGCAGGCAUAUAUUUCGUCAAGAUCUCGUAUAACGAUUGCUUAAUUAAGGCAAAUUUCUCCUAACCAUUAUCCUCCUUCGUCUAUCGAUAUGCGCCAAUCUUUAUUCUAUACGAAAAUUCUCCCCAACAGAGCCAGAGACCAUUCGACUCGAUGUGGUACUAAAUUAUUUUGAUGAACAAAUAAAAUGAAAUUUCUGAUUGGAGCCGUGUAACGUCGUUCUGCUUGUAUUACCUGUGUGUUUCGUCGUCGUUCGUGCAUCGUUGUUUGCCAUUUAAUUUUUCAUUUCAAUCCAUUGGAUAAAUAAAACCUUGUAGCAAUCACGAUACUUGGGCGUUCUGUUCUUUUGGGGAACUCCCUGUGUGCGUGUUGUUUCAAAUUCAAUGGAAAUUCUUCGUUUUCUUCUCCCGACAGAAUUGUACAGAAGCAAAAAAAAAAAAGAAAAAGAAAAACAGAAAAGAGGUACUUUGAAAAAUCGAAGUCGGCCUUUCUUUCUUUCUCGAAUGACCGACGUACUCCCAGCGAGGAUCUCUUUUUCCUCUGGACGAGCAAUGCGUACGAUUUAACUCUCGAGAGACGCGGUAGUCGGAUACGGGGUCGCUUUGACCCACGAUGAUGUCAUUAUAAUAAUUGUAUACAAAGCUUAAAAUAUAUUUAAGUAUAACAACUGGGUCGAAAUGACUCCGCAUUCGGCAUGCAAAUACGUUAGGUCAGUAAAGGUUUAAUUAACCCUGGGUACGCCGAAUGCUAGGUCAUUUUACCCCAGUGUGGAUCGUAUACCGUGGUCAAAAUGAGCCCUGCAUUCGGCGUUCCAAUUUCGCAGUACAUGCAUGUCAGUAUUUUACAUUUAUAAUAGAGAGAGAGAGAGCGAGAGAGAGAGAGAGAGUGUGUGUGUGAGAGAAAAGCUUAACACAGGACACGUAUACACACACGAAACAUAAUAUGUAUAUAUAUGUACACAAUUCUGUGUAUAUAUACAUAAUUGUGUAUAUAUAUGUAUAUAUAGACACACGAAUAUAUUAAUUGUAAUUGAAACGAAAAAAAAAUGAAAAAAAAACCACGCGUACCGAACAGAUAAUUGAAUUGUUCGGUGUUUAUACGUAGAAUGACGUAAUAAAAGUAAUGUCGUAGCUGCUUUUCGUAAAUUUCGUCGCACUUGCUUUAGUCGACUUUUUUCGCUUUUUCUACCCGCCCAUCGCGAAAUGAUACUGACACGUUUCAAGUAGAGUAACGAUUCAAGUGUUGUCAUCAUUUGUGAUAUACAUAUAUAUAUAUAUAUAUAUAUAUACACACACGUAAUAAGUGAAUUGAGCUUUCAUUGAAACCCUUGCGUUGUGAGUUUUAGCAGAGAUUUAAAUGAACCCUAUGUAACAGCGACUGAAAGAAAGAUGGGAGUUGAUAAGUGUUUCAUAAGUAGGGCUCAUUGCAAUAUACAUAUGUGUCAAUUUUAAUUGAUUUUGUUUUAUGAAUUUAACAUGAGAACAGCCUGAGCUGUUGUAUCUUACGUAUACAGGUUUUAGAAAAUUUUUAAAGGAUCUCCAAUUAUAUGAAAUAUUGUGAUAUCUUAUAACAACAAAUAAGUUCGAAUAUUUUAUUGUGAUUACAGCUAUUAUAGUCUUAAUUCUGCGUUCCACCUGGAAUAUAGGAUACCAUUGUACUUUUAAUUCUUUAUAUUUAUGUAAAUAUAUACUUAAGACAACUGCUCAGACAUGUGACUAUACAUGUGCAUGUUAUAUUCGUAAAAGGAAGUUUAUUAAAAUUGAUUUCAAUCCUG